GUGCUCUGACCUGCCUGGAUAUCCGCUGCAGCGAAGAGGCGACGCGCCGGAAAGCUACAGGGUAGCAAGAAACGAGCUGAAAUCAAAACACCACUUCAAGGCUUGCGUCCGCGUCCACUCUUUAGAUCCCGGCGCAGGAAGGCGAGAAGUGUCUGCAAAAGUGAUUUUGAGGGACGGAGGACGUGCAAACACUGGUUUUAUCCAAGCAAAGUAAGCGUUUUGGCCUUGACAGCUCGGCUAACGUUAGGCCCAGCUAGCGAUAGCCGCGGAGCUUUUCUUCUCACAAGCAAAAGCAAAACAAGGAAUGAGUGAUGACCUCUGUGGUGGUGUCAGAUGGUGGAGGGAACAUAGUGGAGUAUGUCACCGUGGUGGAGGAGCCCCAGCAGUGUGAGCAGCAGCACACUGAGGAGGAGGAAGAGGAGGAGGAGGAGGUGGUGGUUGAGCAGGAAAUAGUGGCUGUGAUCGUGGGAGGCGGCGAGGAGGUGGAGGAAGAUGUGCUGGAGGAGGAGGAGGAGGGCGUGUUGCUGCAGGAGGAGGGCUGUCCGGCAGUGAUCGUGGAGGAGGUGCCGAGUGCCCAAGUGGAGGAGUGCUACUCGGCACAGGUCCUGGUCUACGAUGACGAGACGUACCUGAUGCAGGACGUGGCCGAGGAGCAGGAGGUGGUGACAGAGGUGUCCGAGACCGUGGAGCUGUCCGGUCAUGACAUGGUGUGUUUCGACAAAACCUUCGAAGCAGCCGAAGCUCUUCUCCACAUGGAGUCUCCUGGAGGACUGCACAAUGAACGCAACACAGCAGAGGAUGUGAUGAUGGAGACGGUGGUGGAGGUGUCUACAGAGUGCGGACCCAUAGAGGAGGAGUCCUUCCCCAUCCCUCCUGACUGUGAGCCCGCUGUCAAGAGGAAGAGAGGUGGACGCAAGCCCAAGACCAACCAGCCCGCCUCCAACGGCUCCUUUGACCUGGGCAUCAAGAAGAGGCCGAGGGAGGGCAAAGGCAACACCACCUAUCUGUGGGAGUUUCUGCUGGAGCUGCUGCAGGAUAAGAACACCUGUCCCAGGUACAUCAAGUGGAUGCAGAGGGAGAAGGGCAUCUUCAAGCUGGUUGACUCCAAGGCCGUCUCCAAGCUGUGGGGGAAACACAAGAACAAGCCCGACAUGAACUACGAGACCAUGGGGAGAGCCCUGAGGUACUACUACCAGCGCGGCAUCCUGGCCAAAGUGGAGGGACAGCGGCUGGCCUACCAGUUCAAAGAAAUGCCCAAGAACAUCAGAGUGAUCGAUGACGAGGAGGACGGAGACGAGGUGGAGGACAGCGAGGGUGUGGUGUCUGGCCAGCUACCUGAUCACCAGCACGGCACAGCCAGCCUGGGCACCAACACUCCCGCUGCCACGCAGCCUCAACAUACCUACAUCACCGUCAUCCCCAGCAACGCCACCACCAGGUCCACCCGAGCCAUGCCGCUCGUCAUGACCAACUCACUGGGUCAGAUGACGAUUAACUCCUCCUCCAUCCUCACCACUGCCGCGGGGGUCCCGGUAACGGUGGCCAACGCCUCCGCCGGCGCUCCCCCGAAACUGGUCAUCCAGGCUCUGCCCACCAUGCUGCCCCACGGCUCCAAAAUGGGGGAGAAGAUCACCAUCAUCACCAUCCCAGCCAGCCAGCUCGCCACGCUGAUGCAGGCCAACUCGUCGGGCCAGAUUGCGCAGCUCUUCCAGGCUAAGCCCGUGGCGACGCAGUUGGCGCUCGGUGUCGCCGCCAAACAGGCCGCCGCCGCCGUCUCCACCAUCCAGCUGACGGCAGGCCGUCAGACGCCGCACCUCAUCCUGGCUAAGCCGGCGGCGGUGGCCCAGCCGCUGCCGCAGCUCUCCAUAUCGGUCGCCCAGCCUCACCCCGCCCCACCCAAAACCCCCACCCAGCCCUCCAAGCCCCCCAGCAGUCAGCCUGAAGCAGCAGCAGUCGAGGCUCCACUAGCAGAAUCAGCAGAAAGCACUUCUUCCUGAGCGCCCCAGGGGCCCUCUGGUGGGGUACAGGAAGUGACUGUUGACACUGCUGAGGAAGUGCAGGACACAUCAC